UGUUGUAAAACAAUAAUAAACAAACGUAAACUCUUUACAAUUAUCUGAAAAUUACUGUUAUGGGCGUAACUGUGCUGCAGCCGUAUCCUAUGCCUGAGGGCAAGUCAGGCGCCUAUAUAAUCGACCAUUUGGGUAAGCGUCUGCUCUCGUUGGGCGCCACACAUGCCGGUCAAUUCCUGGUAGACUGCGAGACUUUCAUCUCGACGCCGCAACACGGAACACCCACCAGAGCCGUACAUGUGCUGCACAACUCCGAGUGUCCCGCUUCGACCUUCUCCAUUAUAGACAAUGGCACGGGCAAACAAGUGGCACUGGUGGCGGACAACAUAUUUGAUCUGCUGAUGCUCAAGAUGACAAACACUUUUACUUCCAAGAAACAAACCAAAAUUGAAUCGCGUGGCGCACGCUUUGAGUAUGGCGACUUCGUUAUUAAACUCGGCUCCGUAACAAUGAUGGAACAUUUCAAAGGCGUACUCGUAGAGAUAGAAUAUAAACCGUGUAUAACCCUCUCCUAUUGCUGGGAGAUGAUUCGCGAAAUGCUGCAAGGUUUUCUGUCCAUUAAUGUGGGCAAAGAGUAUCCCAGUUAUUUUACCACACAGACCAUUAUGAAUGCCAUGGGACAGCAGCAGCUGCACAAGCAAAAUGAUAUCUAUGAACCAAUGGAUACUAUAAAACAAUAUCUGGAGCAAUUCACCAAUUAUCGGAAGCAUGUGCAGAUGCAUAGUGCGAUGGGUGGCACUGUGGGACCAGUGAUGAUGAACACGGUAGUGGGCAUGGGUCGUCCUUGAUGCGAGAUAAAGCUGGAGCCACCCGAUUUCAGCUAAGCUCCAGCUAAUGCUUUGUUUACAGUUUGGAUUACGGCACAGUGGGACCAGUUACAAUAACGCCACGCUGGAGCCCACUGAUACCAACUAAAAUAAUUUACAAUUUGAAGUUUUUUCACAUUUUUUUUUUAUUAUUUUUAUGUAUAUUUUUAACACAAUAGUUAUAUAUAAUAUAUAUGUAUAUGUAUUGGUAAUAUAUCUCAUAGGCUUCUUUCCAAAUUAUCCAAAAACUCUCAAGCAUAAAAGUGUUAUACAAAAAGAACUUAAAAUAUAAAAAAAAAAAAAUGCG